AUGCAGGGUGUCGGCCUUUACGUGCCAGCAGGACCAGCGCAGCCGUACACGCAACAGCUCAUGUCGCAGUAUCAGGUGCCUUAUUUUGGCCCAUAUCCGCCGCAGUUGUCAAUGGGCGCUUCAGCUAGUAUGCCACCGCCUCCAGUACCCCCGCCAACGACGAAUGCUGUGAUCACAGCACCUCCGCCGUUUCAGCUCAUACAGGUGAGGAGACUACGAUUCUUUAAAUACAGAUUGUUUCAAAUUAUUCUUAUUUUUUCGAAAGGGAAUGGCGGGGAAAAGGGAUGA